CAUGCGCACCGGGGGAAGGCUCGCGCUCUGCGCCAGCGCAGUGAGAUCUCAACCAGCUGUGACUGAGCUGGAGCCAGGAACCACCAGCUGCAGCAGGGUGACCAUGGAGUGGCCCCCGGGGGCCCUUGUAGACUGUCACUGCCACCUCUCUGCUGCUGACUUCAGCCAUGACAUCGAUACCGUUCUAGAAGAAGCAAAGGCAGCCGGGGUCCAGGCGUUGGUGGCGGUUGCAGAGCACUCGGCAGAGUUUGACAGAUUAAUGCUUCUUUCUCGGAGGUUUCCAGGGCUGGUGUUCCCGUGUUUAGGAGUGCACCCUGUCCAAGGCACAGAACAACAGCGCAGCGCAACUCUUCAGGACUUAGAAGAUGCUUUGCCCCUGAUUGAACGCUACAAGAAAGAGUUGGUGGCUAUUGGCGAGGUUGGGCUGGAUUUUACUCCACGGAUAGCGAGCACGGAGGAGCAGAAGGAAGAGCAGCGACAAGUGUUCAUCAGACAGAUACAACUGGCCAAACAGCUUGACCUGCCAUUAAAUGUUCAUUCCCGCUCAGCUGGAAGACCAACUAUCAACCUGUUGAAAGAACAGGGUGCUGGAAAUGUGCUCCUCCACGCGUUUGAUGGGAAGCCCUCAGUGGCCAUGGAAGGUGUUAAAGCCGGCUUCUACUUCUCCAUCCCUCCCUCCAUUAUCCGGAGUGAGCAGAAGCAGAAACUAGUGAAGCAGCUUCCUCUAGACAACAUGUGCCUGGAAACGGACUCCCCAGCUUUGGGACCAGAGAAGCAGGUAAGAAAUGAACCAAAAAACAUAACGUUUUCUGCGGAGUACAUAGCCAAGGUGAAAGGAGUCUCUCUGGAAACGGUGAUUGAAGUCACGACGAAGAACGCACUCAGACUGUUCCCUAGACUGCUACAUAUCCACAAAUAAAGAGAAUGAUUUAA